GCGAUAUAAAGUAAUGAUACACUUGGGAGAGAUGACUCCAAACCAUACUUCAAAUGGCAGGAAGCAGGUUAGCAGGUUUGAAGAGGUACUACACCCAUUCAAGAACGUGAUGGUGCACUGUAUAGCAGGAAUCUAACUGGAAAGUGUUGUGUUAGGGAAAAAAAUGCUACGGGAACAUGAGACCUGUAUCUAUUAGCCUCCAUUUCAGGGACAGUAUCGUACUUUGCUCAUCUGACUUGAGGCAAACAAUUCAGAGGUGGCAGUGAAGAAAAAAGUAGUGAAGAAAAAAGUAGUAGCCAAAAGUAUGGUUGGUGGAGCAAAAAAAAAAAAAGUCUUUAUAGGUGAAAAUUAGUAUCGCAAAUCUUAACGUUAGUAAUAAAAUUCCUUAUCGAGGUAUUUGCUGUUUAUGUAAUCAAGCUGUAUGAUUUUGCAUACCUGUUUUGAACCUCUGGAGUCAGAGGAAGCGUCAGGAAAUUUAUGUACUAAAAUAAUUAAAAGAUUUAAGAAGUUAAGGAUUUUUCAUUAAUGUUGUGAAUUUAAAUAACUAAGGUGACAACCUGGAAUCUAAGGAACUAACAUCAGCAAAUUCUGAUCUGCCUCCUCGGGAGUUAGCAGAGCCGAUGCUAUGCUGAUGCCAUGCUGCAAGGGCAACACGUUUGAACUCCAAAGCAGGACGCGGCCACGUGUGGGCAGCUGGCGCCCGUUCCCUGGUGUGACACACGGUGCGGUUGGGCUGCUUUUCAGUUUCCAGUGUGUGUUCUCUCGGGCCUGCGGGUUUUCUUCUUCAUUGAGGUGGCUGCACCUGGGGAGGCCGUAGGGCUGUGUACCAAAGUCACUCCCUUUCUCCUUAUUUCUGCGCGUGGCACUUCAAAAUGCUGAAGGGAGCUCAGCAGUUCGUUGGCAAAUCCCUCCAACCAGCAUUACCUGCGUCCCAUUUGCCUUCUAAACAAGCAUCAGAAGUUGCUUUCAACUUUCAGACUGAAUUACCUAGCAAUGCUCAAGUAUGUUUGCAGAGUAAGGUUGACUGGUUAUCUGAAGUGACCGAAAUGAAGAUCUUAACUCAAAACACAGUGCCUCUUCAACCCAAACAGGAAUUGGAUGCAAAAAAAGAAAGGAUCAAAUACAGCAGAGAUUUCCUCUUGGAGCUUUCAAGCGUUUCGCUCUCUCAAAAGAAGCCAGAGUUUCUGCCUGAUCAUCCAAUUGUACUUGAAAAACCAGAAAACAGCAACCCUUUUGUUGACAUAUACAAGAAGUGACAGGUAGCUUGGAAGAUGAGAAAUCCAUCAGUGAAGGAGCUACAUGUAAUGUAGACCUUCAAGAUUUUUAAAGGUACUUGGGUGCCUACACGUGAAUACAGGAGCUUACAAAGUCUGUACAAAUACCUAUUUCUAUCUGUAAUUUCUGGAAUGCUUCAGAAGGCAAAAUACUUCGUAGCACCUGAGAUGGUAGUUCAGUUGCAGUGAAAAUAAAUCAUUUUACAGUUUGGUGUGA